AUGAAUUCAGAACUUGGUGAUGCAGAGGCUGCAAUGAACUGGUUACGGAUUAAAGGCAGGGAAGAUCCCAACUUUUUCUGCAGGUAUAGCAAAGACGGAGAGGGCAGACUAGCCACACUGUUUUGGAGGGUCAAUGCUUCUUAUUUAGACUACAAAGCAUUCAGUGAUGUUUUGAUCAUAGAUAGCACCUAUAAAACAAACAUAUAUGAGAUGCCUCUUGUUUUGUUCGUAGGCAUCAAUAACCACCGAGGAAGUGUGAUAUUUGGUUGUGGUCUUCUGUGCAAUGAGAAGGAGCAUACGUUCAGCUGGUUGAUUGAGAGAUUCAUGUCAUCGAUGGAUAAUGUGGCUCCGAUAACAGUUGUUGUAGACGAUGAUGAAAGGCUACACAAGGCACUGCACACGCACAUGCCAUCCGCGAGGCAAAUGCUGUGUUCCUGGCACAUAGGCCGGAAUGUGGGUCAAAAUGUCAAGAACCUGAAAGUGCAGAAAGUUCUUGGAAAACUCAUAUAUGCAUCAUAUAGUAUUGAAGAAUGGGAUCUGAUAUGGGAUAACUUGAUAGCGGAACAUGGGUUGGCGGACAACGAAUGGUUUAAAUCAUUGCAUGGUAGGCGCGAGAGAUGGGCUGAGGCAUUUUUCAGGGCACAUCAUUGUGCCGAAGUGUGCAGCACACAACGCUGUGAGGGUAUGAACAAUAAGAUCAUGACGAAAGUCGGUCAAUUCACAAAGCUCGUGGAGUUUGUACCAAGGUUAUACCAUAGUUUUGGCCGACUGAGAGACCGUUAUUUGUUGGAUGACUUCAAGUCCCGAAACCACCUCAGACAAUUUGAGCUUACCAUGAAGGGUAUAGAGGAACAAGUAUUUAAUAUCUUCACCGAUGAUAUUUAUCUUGUGAUUAGGGGGCAGAUGGUUUUUGAGAAUCAAUUCAUUGUAUCCAGCCGUAUUGAUUACGAGGAUUCAAGAAAUCUGACUCUUUAUGUAACACAGUACGGUGUGGAGGAUAGGUGUUGGUUAGUUACCUACGUUGGCCGGCCAGAGGAUGAAGAUGGGGAUAAUUAUACAUGUUCAUGCCAACUGUUUGAAUCAGAUGGAAUACCAUGUUGCCACAUUUUCUGUGUUUUUAAAUGGGAGGGUGUUCAGAAUUAUCCUAAAUCUCUGAUUUGCCAAAGGUGGAAAAAAGACGCAGGAAAGAAGGCAUGUAUUGAUAAGGUGGUGAUGGAUAAUGAAUUUGGUGAAUCUCAGGCAUGUAGGUAUGCGAAGUUAAUUGGCAUAGCUAAAAGAGCUUGUUACAAUAUGUCACUGACAAAUGAAGGUUUUGAGACCGGUGUUGGUGAGUUGAACAGUCUUGUAGGGAAACAUUAUGCUGCAACCCGUGUGAAAAAAGCAAGGCUUAACCCUGACGACAAUGAGAAUGUUGUGAUGGAUCCUGUUGUAUCUAGAACCAAAGGCACGCAUGGCCACAAAGCAGCAGAAGGUAAUGUGAACAGAAAUGAGGGAGUCGGGGAGGGUCCUAGAUGCGGUGAGUGCCAUAAUCAUGGUCAUAAUAGGCGCACAUGUCCUGAUAUUGUGAAGGGGGAUGCAAGCAAAGGUCGAGGAUGA